GGCGCCUUCCAAUUCCAACACUGGUGUGGCUGCCCUGCGCCCACCGCCCACCGCCCACCGCCCAGCUAUAAGGCCGCACGGCGGGGCCGUGAGCGCGCUGGGCAGUCGAGACAUCACCACCCCUACCGACAGCUCGCCACUCUCCUACUCACCCCCACCCGUCUAGUCCAUCACGAGCGAGCCCAGCGGCUGCAGAUAUGGCGUCGCCUCCGGCCGACGUGGACCUGGGCAAGCUCAGCUACGAGAUCUUCUCCCUGCUCGAAAGCAAGUUCCUGUUCGGCGGCGCGGCCGGCGUCGGCUCCGUGCCGGGCACGCCGGCGCGGGCGGCCGCCGGGGAGGACAGGGGCCGGGUGCGGGUGCUCGCGAUCGACGGGUGCGGGCCGGGCCCCGGCGACGCGCUGCUGGCGGCGGUCGCGCUCGCGAGGCUGGAGGCCGCGCUGCGGGAGCGCGCCGGGGACCCCGACGCGCGCGUCGCCGACUUCUUCGACGCCGCGGCGGGGGCCGGCGCCGGGGGCGUGCUGGCGGCGAUGCUGUUCCUCAGGGGGGAGGACGGGCGCGCGCGGUACACGGCGGCGGACGCGCUGGCGUUCGUGGCGGCGAGCCUCGGGAGGCGGCAGGGGGGCUGGUGGGGCGGCGACGGCGCGCGGCGGAGCCGGUGGGCGGCCCUGCUGUUCCGCCGCGGGGAGCGGUCCCCGCUGCGCCGGGUGUUCGGGGACGCCACGCUCAGGGACACCGUCGCGCCGCUGCUCGUGCCCUGCUACGACCUCGCCACGGCGGCGCCGUUCCUCUUCUCCCGCGCCGACGCCGUCGAGAGCGACAGCUUCGACUUCCGCCUCCGCGACGUCUGCGCGGCCACCUGCGGCGGCGGGGCCGCCGCAGCCGCCGUCCGGUCGGUGGACGGGCGCACGGCCAUCGCCGCGGCGUCGGGGGGUGUCGCGGCCAUGGGCAACCCCGCCGCGGCCGCCAUCACGCACGUGCUCCACAACAAGCAGGAGUUCCCGCUCGCCGUCGGCGUCGACGACCUCCUCGUCGUGUCCAUCGGCUCCGGGUCCUCCGCCGCCGCCGCCGUAGCCGCAAGCGCCACCCCUUCCGCCGGCUGGCGGACGCCCAUCCCGCCGCGCUCGCCGUCGCCCGCCGAGAUGGUCCGCCUCACCGCCGAGGGCGUCGCCGACAUGGUCGACCAAGCAGUGGCCAUGGCGUUCGGGCACACGUGCGGGCGCAACUACGUUCGUAUCCAGGCGGCGUCGCCGGCGUGCUCCGGGAAGAAGGCGCUGAGCUCGCUGGACGCGAGGAAGGCGGUGGCGGCCGCCGACGGCAUGCUGACGCAGCGGAACGUGGAGGCGGAGCUGUUCCGCGGGCGGCGCCUGUCGGAGAAGUCGAACCGGGAGAAGCUGGACGCGUUCGCGGCGGAGCUGGUGAAGGAGCAGGAGCGGCGGGCGCGCAGCCCGGGCCUGCCCAACGUGGUGAUCAAGCAGGCGGCGGCGACACCGCGGCCGUCGUCGGCCACCACCGCCUCCUCGGCCACCGCCACCGCCCGCACCGCCUCCACCAUGCCGUCCCCGGCGUCGCAGGGCUCGUACGGCCACUAGCCGCCGCCGCGCGCCGCCGUCCGUUCUAAGUUUUGUACAUGCCGUGGACAGAGGAAAGGGGGCUCUUCUUCCUUCGUUUUUUUUCCUUCCUUUCUUUUCCCGAUCUUUCAUUUCUUCCACGCCCUCGGGUCGCCGACACGUGGGCCAGGCCGGCAACGAGCUUGAACUAAGUUAUGCGAUAUGGGCAAGUAAAAGUAACUUAUAUGCCAAUCGACGAAGGAUCAGAGCAGAAUCUCAUCGAGUUUUUCCAAAGUUCAGACGACGGUGAUAAAAGUCUAACUUACCAAUGAUCAAUGGUGUUCACUGAAA